AUGGCCGCGUCCAGCGCCCAGGGCCGCGCGACAAAAGCGGACGGACGGGCGGCGGGGCCGCGCGCGGGGGGCGGCCGGGAGCGCGCGGCGGCGGGGUCGUCCCCGCCCGGACCCCCGAGCCCGAGCGCGGGCCCCGCCGCGCCGCCCGCGCCGCCGCGGGACGCGCCCCAGGCCGAGCCCGACCCCGAGCCCGAGCCGGAGCCCGAGCCCGAGCCCGAGCCCGAGCCCGAGCCGGGGCCCGCGGCCGCGCCCGCUCCCGCGCCCGCGCCGGGCGUGGGUCCAGAGGAAGGCGAGGUGGUGGCGGUGGACCUGGGUGUGGCCGCGUUGCCCAGGAAGAGCCUGACCGUGCCGGGGCCCCUGGAGCAGGUGGCCAGCAGGGCUGAGCUGCCGGACCUCAAGGCCCACAGCCUGACCACCUGCGAGGUGUGCGGCGCCUGCUUUGAGACGCGCAAGGGCCUCUCGAGCCACGCGCGCUCGCACCUGCGGCAGCUGGGGGUGGCCGAGUCGGAGAGCAGUGGCGCCCCCAUCGACCUCCUCUACGAGCUGGUGAAGCACAAGGGGCUGCCCGAUGCCCCCCUCGGGCUGCCCCCCAGCUUGGCCAAGAAGUCCAGUUCGCCCAAGGAGAUGGUGGCCGGGGCUCCGCGGGCCGGCCUGCUCGCCCUGGCCAAGCCCCUGGACGCCCCCCCCAUCAACAAGGCCAUCAAGUCGCCGCCUGGCUUCUCCGCCAAGGGCCUGGGCCACCCGCCCAGCUCCCCACUCCUCAAGAAGGCGCCUCUGGCCCUGGCGGGCUCCCCCAACCCCAAGAAUCCUGAAGACAAGAGCCCCCAGCUAUCCCUGAGCUCCCGGCCGGGCUCCCCCAAGGCACCGUGGCCCCAGUCUGAGGACGAGGGGCCCCUGAACCUCACUGUAGGCAGUGCCGGGGGCCGAGGGCUGAAUUGCCCGCUGUGUGGUGCCUGGUUUGAGACCCGCAGGGGCCUGUCCAGCCAUGCCCGCGCCCACCUGCGCCACCUGGGUGCCAACGACCCGGACGCCAAGCGGUCCCCUAUACGCCGGCUGCACGGGCUCGUCGGGAAGGCCCCGCUGGGCCGCCCCCCGGCCUGCGCAGCCUCCUUGCUCCCACCCCCUGCCCCGGCCCAGCAGGCCCGGCCGACCGGCGUGGGUGCGGCCGGCCCCCGCGGGAAACAGCAGCUCUCGGCCGCCACCGCCGUUGCCGGCACUUGCUGGGCCUCUGAUGUGGAGCUGCCUCCUCUCACCCUCUCCUCAGGACCCGAGCCGGCACGCGACAUCCGCUGUGAGUUCUGUGGCGAGUUCUUUGAGAACCGCAAGGGCCUGUCGAGCCAUGCACGCUCACACUUGCGGCAGAUGGGCGUGACUGAGUGGUACGUCAACGGCUCUCCCAUCGACACCCUGCGCGAGAUCCUCAAGAGACGGACCCAGUCCCGGCCCGGGGGACCCCACCCACCUGGCCACAGCCCCAAAACUCUGGCCAAGAUGGUGGGCAGCGGCGGUGUCCUGGAGGCUCGCAGCCCUGCAGACCUGCACCUCUCGCCUCUGGCCAAGAAGUUGCCGCCGCCACCGGGCAGCCCCCUGGGCCACUCGCCCGCGGCCUCUCCUCCUCCCACUGCCAGGAAGAUGUUCCCAGGCCUGGCGGCCCCCUCCCUCAGCAGGAAGCUGAAGCCCGAGCAGAUGCGGGUGGAGAUCAAGCGAGAGACGCUCCUGCAUGGGGAGCAGCACCCCUCUGACAGCCCCUGGGCGGCGCCUCGAGAGGACCUGAGUCCGCUGAACCUGUCAUCCCGGGCUGAGCCGGUGCGUGACAUCCGCUGCGAGUUCUGUGGCGAGUUCUUCGAGAACCGCAAGGGUCUGUCGAGCCAUGCGCGCUCGCACCUGCGGCAGAUGGGCGUGACCGAGUGGUCCGUCAAUGGCUCUCCCAUCGACACGCUGCGCGAGAUUCUCAAGAAAAAGACCAAGCCGUGCCUCAUCAAGAAGGAGCCGCCGGCUGGAGACCUGGCCCCGGCCCUGGUGGAGGACGGACCCCACCUCGUGGCCCCGGGGCCCAUGCAGUCCGUCCUGCCGCUGGUGCCCAUGGCGGGCCGGCCAGGCAGACCGGCAGCCGGGCUCGGCCACCUGCCCCGAGAGCUGGUCUUGGCGCCCCUCAGCAGUAGCAAGGCUACCGUGGGCUACCUGGGCUCCAUGUCAACCAAGCGGCCCCUGCAGGAUGACCGGCUCCUGCCCCCUGAGGUGAAGGCCAAGACAUACGUCCAGACUGAGCUGCCCUUCAAGGCCAAAGCGCUGCAUGACAAGGGCUCCCACUCAGCCACCGAGGCCUGCUGCGAGCUGUGCGGCCUGUACUUCGAGAACCGCAAGGCACUGGCCAGCCACGCGCGGGCGCACCUGCGGCAGUUCGGUGUGACCGAGUGGUGCGUGAACGGCUCUCCCAUCGAGACACUGAGCGAGUGGAUCAAGCACCGGCCCCAGAAGGUGGGCGCCUAUCGAAGCUACAUCCAGGGCGGCCGCCCCUUCACCAAGAAGUUCCGUAGUGCCGGCCAUGGCCGGGAUGGCGACAAGAGGCCGGCCCUGGGGCUGGCCCCUGGUGGCCUGGCUUUGGUGGGGCGAGGUGCCUGUGGCGAGCCGGGGCUCGAGGUGGGCCGUGCCACCGACGGCAGCGAGCAGGCUCUGGCCUCCAGCCCCCCGGGCACCAUAAAGGCCGAGGAGCACCAGCGGCAAAACAUCAACAAGUUUGAGCGCCGGCAGGCCCGUCCCACAGACGGCUCUGGGGCCAGGGGCACAGAUGACACCGGGGGUCUGCAGCAGAAGUUGGAGGAGGCCCGGCAGCCCCCUCCCCGGGUCCGCCCAGUCCCUUCCCUGGUGCCGAGACCCCCGCAGACGUCUCUCGUCAAGUUUGUGGGCAACAUCUACACCCUCAAGUGCAGGUUCUGUGAGGCGCAGUUCCAGGGCCCGCUGUCCAUCCAGGAGGAGUGGGUGCGGCACUUACAGCGGCACAUCCUGGAGAUGAGCUUCUCUAAAGCGGAUGUGUCCCCCGAGGAGCCCCCCGGUCCACAGGCCCCGACAGCCGUUGCCGAGGCACCCUAACAGGAGCAUUCCAGCCCCCGCCCGCCCAUCCGCUCCCUGCCCCCCUCCUGCCUCUCUCUUUUCCGUUUCCAAAGGAGCAAGCCAGAACCUCAAACCGGCCGUCCCCACGGGGGGCCGGGCACACUACAGCCGGGGUGCCCUCCCCCAGCCUAAGACUUGGGGCCUGGGGGUGUCCUCUGGCUCCGCAGGGGCAGUGGCAGGGUCCGGCUUGGGUGGCGGAGCCUU